GAGUAACCUAAGAAUUUAGCAUGUGUUGCUGUAUAGAUCCAAUUGUUGGAAAUAGUGAUCGAAAAGAGCGAAAGGAAAACAUCGAGAGCAAUAAAAAAAGUAACUUCGAAAAUAAAAAUAUGCGAAUUGUUAAACGUCUGUCUUAGCAGAGCUGCCAAUCAUUGUGACGGUUGAGUGACGAGAAAACGUGUUGUGUUCUAAAAUUAGCUUAUGGUUUAGUGCUACUAACAUUGCUUUUAUCUUUAAUUACGCGACCUAAACUUUUUAACAUUGGUAGAUUGCUUGGUUUUUGCCAAAUUAUUAGCCAUUUGAAUUCGCUGCUCCCGCAUUUGGCAACGGUAACCCUGCCCGUUCACAUGCGAAUUCGAAGUUGAGUAAGGCGAAUACCAUUGUCGAAUGAGGCCAGCGAGGUGUCUCGCGCUAUUGCUGCAGCAGUGUGUAAUUCUAUGGUUGAGGUAUCUGUGUGUGGGCUUUUGGUGACAGGUGCGUCUUAAUAACAUCUAUAGUCUUCUGGAGUAGUGAUACGCAAUAUAUUAUUUGCUCAACGAUCUUGAAAAAUUACAUAUUUUUCAAAGCUAAUGCAAUAAUAUGAUAUAAGCAGACAAAAGAAAAUAUUAGAAAAACAAACCGAAGGAGCACUGCAAACUAGAGAAUUCACAGAUGGUUCAAUGCAAUAAAAACACAAGAAGGAAUAAUAGCUGUAGUAACGGUUUGCAAUAAGAUCAGCGUUUAGAUUAUCAAUAUUAAAGACGACCUGCCGAACUAAACGGUUGUCACAACGUCUUCGGCUACAUAUUGACAGACGUCAAUAUACUGCACAUCGAUCCUUCUCUGAUCUCCUCACCACUCACUGCCUCGAUAUCGUCAACAGCAAAUUCAACGCAUCGUUUCACUGUUGCCAGCUGUCGCAACACCAUCUGCAGCAAUAACAACAACAACGGCACAACCAUUACAGCACGUUUAUAAGAUCUACAAUUGAUGAUCUAAACCACAUUCUUCUCCAAGAAGCCAAUUGUCAUUAAAAGCAUCAUUAAAUAUACAACAAAGAGCGAAGAAGCCCAUCAUCCAUACUUCGUCAUCAAAACCAAACAACUCUAAAUACAUCAUCCACCACUAGCAUACAGACCAUUGAUUUAUAAAAGAAAUGGAACUGAGAGUUGGCAAUAAAUAUCGCCUGGGUCGUAAGAUCGGCUCAGGUUCGUUUGGCGAUAUUUACCUAGGCACCACAAUAAACACAGGCGAGGAAGUCGCCAUAAAACUUGAAUGCAUACGCACGAAACAUCCCCAGCUACACAUCGAGUCAAAAUUCUAUAAAACCAUGCAGGGCGGCAUUGGUAUACCGCGCAUAAUCUGGUGUGGGUCGGAAGGUGAUUACAAUGUGAUGGUGAUGGAAUUGUUAGGCCCAUCAUUGGAAGAUUUAUUCAAUUUCUGUUCACGUCGCUUCUCACUAAAAACAGUACUAUUACUCGCCGAUCAGAUGAUAUCACGCAUCGAUUAUAUACAUUCUCGUGACUUCAUACAUCGAGACAUAAAACCGGACAAUUUUCUCAUGGGUUUGGGCAAAAAGGGAAAUCUCGUUUAUAUAAUUGACUUUGGACUGGCGAAAAAAUUCCGCGAUGCCCGCUCUCUGAAACACAUACCCUACCGGGAAAACAAAAAUCUCACAGGUACCGCACGUUAUGCCUCAAUCAACACACAUUUGGGCAUUGAACAGUCGCGUCGUGAUGAUUUGGAAUCGCUCGGUUAUGUGCUGAUGUAUUUUAAUUUGGGUGCACUGCCGUGGCAAGGUCUGAAGGCUGCCAACAAACGUCAGAAGUAUGAACGCAUCUCGGAGAAGAAACUGUCGACGACAAUACUGUCGCUGUGUAAAGGUUUCCCCAGCGAAUUUGUCAACUAUUUGAAUUUCUGCCGUCAAAUGCACUUUGAACAACGGCCCGAUUAUUGCUAUUUAAGAAAACUCUUCCGUAAUUUGUUCCAUCGUCUUGGCUUCACUUAUGACUAUGUCUUCGACUGGAAUCUGCUGAAAUUUGGCGGGCCACGUAAUCCGCAAGCCAUUCAACAACAACAGGAUGGUGGCGGUGAAUGCCAACAAGGACAAGAGGCGUCCGCUUCACAACAGCAACAACACCAACACAAUCAGAAGCAAAUAGCUGGUGGUGUCGCUGCCGUAGGUAGUGCACAAAUCAUGAACUCGGGAGGCGGUGGAGGUGCGCAAACACUGGUCAGUAGUAGUGGUGCAAUGGUCGGUGGUGGCACUUCCCAAAUGGUGGUCGGCAGUGGCAAUGGUGGCGGCGGCCUAAAUAUGGAUGAUUCAAUGGCGGCCACGAACUCAUCACGUCCUCCCUACGAUACCCCCGAACGGCGUCCAUCGAUUCGCAUGCGUCCAGGUGGUGGUGGAGGCGGCGGCGUGGUGCAGCCGGGCGUUGUCAACGACGUGAGAAACGCGAAAUAAUAUUUUAUUGUUUAGAUUUCAAGUACAUACUUAUAUAUAUAUGUAUGUAUAUAUAUAUAUAUAUAUAUUUAUGUUAACAUAUACAUAAUUGAACGCUAGUUAAUAGAGUAUAGGUCAGGUCGUCUUCAUGUAGUUUUAGCAAUUUUAGAUUUUGAAACUCGUUUAAUUUCAUUUCACGCACUGAGCACUGAUUGUUGUUGACAUUGCGUUUGGGUUUAGAAACGAAUGCCGGCAAACAAACAAUGACCCAGUAAUAUUUGUUAAGCAUAAUUCGGCUGGAAAAAGAUUUACAAACCCCCAUUAAACAACUUUUGAGCAGUAAUCACUCAACAGAAAUCGUGGCGAAAAUAUGUAAUAAAUAUUAAAUUUCAGAAUUACAGUAAUAAUACAUAUACAUAUACAAGAUAUGAUAUAUGAAGUGAACUGCGUUAAGUUGUUUAGUUGGUGCAACAAAGACACACAUUUGUUUUAAGUGCGGAUGUUUGCCGCAAAGCAACAAUAAAACUCAUACAAAUAAUGUAUAACCGCAAAAAUCUGAAUACAACCUGUAUGUAUUCGUUAAAAAUACACCUACAAACUUUAUAUAUACAUAUAUUCAUGCUCUAGAAUAUACAUAUAUAAAAGCUUAGAUAUAUGUGGAGAUACUUUUAAUAUUUAAGUUUAUAUUCCUAAAUCUAAACUGCUCCUCUAGACAUUGUUUGCGAAUGUGAAAUCAAAGCAUGGAAGAAAAAUGCCAACAAAACAAAAAACAACACAGAGAGAAAUUAAGCAGAAUAAUCGUAAAAAUGAAAAGGAAAAACCAUAACAGCAGGCAAAGAAACUAAUGUGUAUACUUAAAAAUAGCAAAAUAAAACGAUGUAAAGAACGUAAUACAAACAAAAAAAAAAUAAUAAUAAUAAUAAUACAGAAAAUAUUGAAGAUGUACGUGGAUGGUACCACAUUGCUAUUGAGAAAUUUUAUGCUGUAUAAAACUUUGUAAUGCAUACAAAAUUGUAUGCGUGUAUACACAUACACAUAUACAUUAUUUGAUUAAUUAAUGAAUAGAUGUAUGUAGUUUUGCUGAAAUUUAUCGAACUUUUAUUGCGAGAGAAGGUACUGCAUUGUUGUAGGCCACCUCCUUCAUCCAAGACACAUGUGCACCAAUAGAUUUGCAUUGUAUGUAUAUUUAUAUAUAAACAUUCUUUAAGAUUAAUACCUAUUCAUAUUUUUUAUUGAAAAAAUAGAAAAAGAAAAUACUUUAUUUUGAAAUCUUUAAAACAAAAACGAAAAAUCGAUUAUAAUUUCUUCACUUUUAACUAAUGCUGGAAGGCAUGUCUUGGGAUACUAUUUUCGCUAGUCACUAAUAAUUCGUACUGCUCCGAUUUCUUGUCAUAUACCUCCCGUUGCGAAAUUAUAAACGCGCCACUAUUUUGUUUUUAUAAAAACUACUAAAAGAAAACAUGUGACAACGCAAAGUUUUAAACUUUGUACAUAAUUUUGAAAAUUUUCAUCAAAACUUACUACUUCUUAACCAGAGUUUUUAGAAUUCUGAUGAUUUUUUCCAUAGAAAGUGCUUGCUAGAAUUUUUUUAUGCGGAAGAAAAACAUGCCAGCAAAAAAUAAUAGCCAAACAUCUAUGGUAUUCUCUAUUCACUUCAAACUUGCACUUGCUAAAAAUUUUGUACAAAGUUUGAAACUUUCUUUGAUGGUUUUUGUUGUAGUAUGAAUUAUAUUUUUAUAAAAAAAAUAGGGGUGUGUUUAUAAUCUUGGAACGGAAUGUAUAUGAGAAGAAAUCGUAGGAGUACGAAUCAAAUCAUAGUGGUUAGGGCAAGUACGUGCAGCCGUGCAAGGCGAUUUAAUUUGAAAUAGGGCAGUUUUGUAAUUAGCAAUAAUUGUAAUAGGGUUGGAUUUCAAAGUCACAAUUAACAGAAAAUUUAGAAAUACUCAAUUCUGUGCUUACCUUGAUAAAACUGAAAGGUUUUUAUAUACUGUGCUCUUCACCACUCUAUGGUGAGCGAUGGAAUGUAAACAGAAGUCAGCUGUUUACUGCAAGAAACUAUUGAAAACGUAAAAAAUUCAGUUUUCCCUUACUUCUAUAUAAUUUAAGCUAUUUAUUAUUUAUGUGCACAAAAUCAAAUCACGGUCGUGCUAUGCAUGAACAGUUACAGCGUUUUGUCUCCUAUGUACGUUUUAUUCCAAAGUUUCGAAAAAAUCGAUGAGGCAGUUUCAGAUGAAGUUGUUUUUAUUUAAAAGUUAAUGAAUGUUUUCAUUUCAAGUUUUCUAUUUGAUAUGAAAUUGUUUUUUUUUUUUUAAGCUUAUUCAUGUUUUAAUUCCAAGUUUUUAUUUUUAAAUUUGGUAAAUUGUUUAUAAUGGCUUUGCUAAUUCAAGAGUUAUGGGAAUUCUUUUCUUGUUUAUAGUCCAUUUAUAGAAGCGUGGAAUAUUAAAUUUUUUUAUUUCAUUUUACUAAUUACUCUACACAAUUUUGAAAUGUUUGAAGCAGCCUUGAAAGUUAAAUUUAAA